CUCUCCCACGCACCGUCCAACUCCAAAGCCCCUUCUGCCAGCUCCAGAAUAUUCAUCCCAACCGUGUCCCACGCGCUUGCCCCAUCCUCCUGCCCUCUGCCAUGGUUUUUGUUGCUCUUAUAUAUACUUGGGGAAGGCUGUUCUUGUGUUCACAUCUUCGUUCAGACUUCUUUAUCAAUUCUUGUCUACGCUUUCGGGUUGUUAUUUAUUCUUCAUGGGAGUACCGUCGUUCCCAUUUCCAGAAGACUUCGAUUACUCUUCUUUCCUCCAAGAAUUCGACCCCGACUCUUUGGAUUUCUCCGGCGGGAAGAAGCGGCAGAGGGGAGAUCUUAUCGACGAGAUCGCGAAUGAUUCGUCGGUUCAGGAGUUUCUCAGCAAAUUUGUGACGUUUGAUUCGAAGAAAAUGGAUGAGAGUGAGUUAUCCUUGGCUGAUUCCGGCAAUUCGUCGAACAGUAAGCGGGCGCGGUCUGAGUCUGGUAGUUACGCAAAAGGCUCCGACGAAUCGACGAGCUCGGCGGCGCCGGCGCCGGCGCAGCGGAGAUUGUGGGUGAAGAAUCGGUCUCAGGCGUGGUGGGAAUUGGUGAACAGCCCGGAAUUCCCUGAGGAGGAUUUUAUCAAAGCUUUUCGGAUGAGCAGAGCAACGUUUGAUAUGAUCUGCGAAGAGCUCGAAUCCGUCGUGACGAAGAAGGACACAAUGCUCCGCCUGGCGAUCCCUGUCCGGCAGCGCGUCGCCGUCUGCAUUUACCGAUUAGCCACCGGCGAGGCCCUCCGGGAAGUGUCGAAGCGGUUCGGUUUGGGGAUAUCCACCUGCCACAAACUGGUUCUCGAGGUCUGCACCGCGAUCCGGAGCGUCCUGAUGCCUAAAUUCCUCCAAUGGCCGGACGACAACAAAUUGAACGAAAUCAAACAGGAAUUCGAAUUAUUCUCCGGCAUCCCAAACGUCGCCGGAGCAAUGUACACGACGCACAUUCCGAUCAUCGCCCCCAAGGUCAGCGUGGCCGCCUAUUUCAACAAAAGGCACACCGAGAGGAACCAGAAAACCUCCUACUCCAUAACCGUCCAAGGCGUCGUCGAUCCGAAAGGCAUCUUCACCGACGUCUGCAUCGGAUGGCCGGGAUCGAUGUCUGACGACCAAGUUCUCGAAAAAUCCGCCCUUUUCCAGAGGGCCAACAAUGGCGCAUUGCAGGACGUCUGGAUCGUCGGAAAUUCUUCAUUCCCGCUUCUCGACUGGCUUCUGGUUCCCUACACACACCAAAAUCUGACGUGGACGCAGCACGCCUUCAAUGGCAGAGUCGACGACGUGCAGAGCCUGGCGAAGGAGGCGUUCAUGAGGUUGAAAGCCCGGUGGAGCUGCCUGAGGAAGAGGACGGAGAUGAAGCUGCAGGAUCUUCCGGUGGUUCUCGGCGCCUGCUGCGUGCUGCAUAAUAUCUGCGAGAUGAGGUUCGAGAAGCUGAGCCCGGAGCUGAGGUUCGACCUCUUCGACGACGAGGUUGUGCCGGAGAUCAGCGUGAGGUCCGCCAAUGGCGUCCAUGUCAGGGACCAGAUUGCGCACAAGCUCCUGCAUCACAAUCUUGCAGGCACAAAUUUCAUCUAUUGAUUAUACAAAUGCAUUUUGGUUAAGUUUGUUUCAGAAAUUUGUUUGUUUAAUUUGUUUAGUUUUGAAACUUUCAUAGCGUUGUUAGGGUAAUAGUUCUUUCUUAAUCGAUGCUAAACAGACGAAGAAAAUCUUCUCCAUAUUGUUUUGAUACAAUUUUGAAUUCUAUUAAAUCGUAUGUGGUUUCUUUCGAUGGAA